CCUAAGGGCAGCGGGGUCCCCGACUGUGGCAUCCGGGGCCCAGGAUCCCUGGAGUUAGAGGUUUCCAAAUGCCCUCGCCCUCCGGAUCGUGCCUCUGCCGCAGACAUGGAGAAGCUCAGCGCCCUGCAGGAGCAGAAGGGCGAGCUGCGCAAGCGGCUGUCCUACACCACGCACAAGCUCGAGAAGCUGGAGACCGAGUUCGACUCGACGCGCCACUACCUGGAGAUCGAGCUGCGGCGCGCGCAGGAGGAGCUGGAGAAGGUCACCGAGAAGCUGCGCAGGAUCCAGAGCAACUACAUGGCCCUGCAGAGAAUCAACCAGGAGCUGGAGGACAAGCUGUACCGCAUGGGCCAGCACUAUGAGGAGGAGAAGCGCGCCCUCAGCCACGAGAUCGUCGCCCUCAACAGCCACCUGCUGGAGGCCAAGGUGACCAUCGACAAGCUGUCGGAGGACAACGAGCUCUAUAGGAAGGACUGCAACCUAGCGGCGCAGCUGCUGCAGUGCAGCCAGACCCACCGCCGGCUCCAUAAGGUGUCCGAGCUGCCCUCGGACUUCCAGGAGCGUGUGAGCCUGCACAUGGAGCAGCACGGCUGCAGCCUGCCGCCCCCGCUCUGCCACCCGGCCUACGCCGACAGCGUCCCCACCUGCGUCAUCGCCAAGGUGCUGGAGAAGCCCGACCCCGCCAGCCUGUCCUCCCGCCUGUCGGAUGCCUCGGCCCGCGACCUGGCCUUCCGCGACGGGGCCGAGAAGCUGGGGCCGCGGCCGCCGUACAAGGCAGACGUCCACUGCAGCGACACGGCCCUCUACUGCCCCGAGGAGCGGCGGAGUGACCGGCGGCCCAGCGCGGACGCACCAGUGACCGACGUGGGCUUCCUGCGGACCCAGAACUCCACCGACAGCGCGGCCGAGGAGGAGGAGGCCGAGGCUGCGGCCUUCCGGCACGAGGCCUUCCCGGGCUAUGCGGGCUCACUGCCCACGUCCAGCUCCUACUCCAGCUUCAGCGCCACGUCGGAGGAGAAGGAGCUGGCGCGGGCCAGCACACUGACCGCCUCGCAGCAGGCCGUCUACCUGAGCAGCCGCGACGAGCUCUUCGAACGCAAACCGCCUGCCACCGCCGCCGCCACCUAUGAGGGCAGCCCGCGCUUCGCCAAGGCCGCGGCCUCUCUGGUCGCCCCGCUCGAGGCCGAGGUGGCCCCGGGCUUUGCGCGGACCGUGUCGCCCUAUCCAACCGAGCCCUUCCGCUUCCCAGCCUCCCCGGGCCCCCGGCAGGCCCUGAUGCCCCCGAACCUGUGGAGCCUGCGCGCCAAGCCGGGGUCCACACGGCUCCCGGGCGAGGACCUGCGGGGCCAGUGGCGGUCCCUGGGCGUGGAGGACAUCGGCGCCUACUCCUACCCGGCCCCCAGCGCCGGCCGCGUCUCGCCCUGCAGCUUCUCCGAACGCUACUACGGCCGCGGGGACAGCCCCAGCCAGAAGGCCGAGGGCCGCGCCAGCCCCCUGUACGCCAGCUACCAGGCGGACAGCUUCUCGGGGGGCGAAGACCUCACCCGGGGCCGCCUGUCUGAGCCCUUCCUGCGGCCCGGGGGGGAUCUGAGCCUGAGCCCCGGCCGCUCAGCCGACCCCCUGCCCAGCUACGCAGCCAGCGAGGGUGACGGGGACAGGCUCCGGGUGCAGCUGUGCGGGGCUGGCGGCAGCCCGGAGCCCGAGGCCGGCCCUGGCUAUGGCAGCGAGCACAGCCCCCACAGUUCCCGGGGCUCCCUGGGGCCCAGCUCCAUGGAGGCCUCUCCUGAAAUGCACCCCGCGGCCCGCCUCAGCCCCCCGCAGGCCUUCCCGCGGACUGGGGGCUCGGGCCUGAGCCGCAAGGACAGCCUCACGAAGGCCCAGCUGUAUGGGACCCUGCUCAACUGACAGCCUCCAUCAGGGGCCCCCCAGGCCACCCCUCCCGACGUGGCACCCGAGAAAGGAGGGGCGGCCUUGCCUCUCCCCAGGCACCCAUACCCCCCCACACAUAGGGUCCCCGGAGAGGAGGGAUGCUUUCUUCCCCUAAGCACCCCCCAGCACCCCUUCUUGCCCACUCACGCCAUCAGAACCUGAGAGCGGGGCCCCCUCCCCGGCGCCCUCUUUCCCACCCGGCCCCGCCACGAUGGAACCUCCACUCAGACCGUUUCCACACACCAACAUCCUCCCCCAUCAGCGGUGAGCGUCACCCCUUUUAUAACGCGAAACUAUUUUUAUAGAGAAAAAGGGUCUUUCUUAACACGCCGGCCUCCAGCAACCCGGCUGGCAGCCUUGGCGUUUUCACACAAAGCUCCUUUAUUUUUCGGACGAGGGCACGUGGAAAGGAUGGCUUCCCGUGGACACCAGGCAGCAGAGAGCGGGGAGCCACCCCAGCAAGCACGGUGACGGAGGAACCCCCAAACGGGGCCCAACCGCGGCGGGGAAGGGAAACGCGUCAGGGGGCAUGAAAAUGUUUUUAAACGUCUGUUUUCCACAGUGUGGCAGACACACCACCCAGAGCCCUGCAAUGGCCCCACCAGGGCGGCCGGUGCUCCCUGCUCCCCACCUCUGCCCCCUGCCCGCAACCCCCUCACUCUACCUCAGACAUAAUUGAGGCCCUCUGAUCCCUGCUUUCUGUCGCUUGUGUCCCCCUUGUCCGCGAUGCAUGCCCGUCGCAAAAUGCAGUACUGUAUUUUGCAUUCGUUAAUAAAAACACCGGUGGAAAUCA